CUGAUCGAUAAUAUUAAUAUUCAAUUCAGAUAUUAAAAUGAUGUUAGAAGCUGCAUCCAUGGUCGCCUUCUUCUCAGCAUGAGUAGGCCUAGUUAAGAAGUUCUAUACCCCACCAAUGAAGAAGGAGAACAACAAGCUUGUUGAACUAGACAAGGAGACAAUGAUGUACCAGUACCACGACCUUGUAUCAGUUAUUUACUCAGGAAUUCUCAUUGCUCUUUUCAUUACCAACUGUAUUAUUUCAGGACUCGAUUUUGAGAGAAAAGGCAAUAAAAUCGAACAGACAAUCGUUCUUUUAGGAAUGGUAUGGUACAGUUUUGACUUUGUGCUGAAGUAUCUUGAUGGAGUAAACAGCGUUUUCGUUUGGAUCCAUCAUACUUGCACUAUACUGUCCAUGCUGGUUCUAUAUCAAUCAGAGAACACUCUGUGCUUCGGAGCUACAGCACUGUUUACUAAUGAUUGCAUUCAUAUCUUCCUUGUCAUCUACAGGACAUUUGAAAGGAUGAACUUCCCAUUUGAUCACUACAAGUACAAAAUUAACUUCAUUUUGCUAACACUUUGAUUUGUUGCUAGCAGAGUGAUCGCAAAUCACUUCCUGAUUUACAAGUUAGCAAUGACGUCAAACCCAAAUAUAUUGAUAAUCAUUGGAAACACUCCAAUAGUUUGCUUCGGAACCAUAAUAUCUAUCAAACUCUUGAGCAAGAUGUGGAAAUUCAUCCCUCACUGGUGUUCUCAACCAGAUAAAGUACAGGAGAUGGCAAUUUGGAGCUCAAUCAGAUCUCUGUUUCAAAAGUACAAGAGCAAGGGAAAGUUUUCCAAGUCAGUUGACAUUUGAGUGUACACUUCCUCAAUAGUGAUCCCUAUUGCCUUAGCAGUGUACUCAAACUAUUUUACUGAGGCUUUUUAA